CCACCAGAAGGCGCUCAAUGUCGACUUUUCUCUGCAGACAAAGAUGGCGGUGCGGAAGAAAGACGGCGGCCCGAAUGUAAAAUAUUUUGAAGCGUCUGACACAGUCUCGCAGUUCGACAAUGUCCGCGUUUGGUUGGGCAAGAAUUACAAAAAGUACAUCCAGGCCGAACCCCCCACCAACAAGUCCCUGUCCAGCCUGGUGGUGCAGCUGCUGCAGUUCCAGGAGGAGGUGUUUGGACGGCACGUCAGCAACCCCCCUCUCACCAAGCUGCCGAUGAAGAGUUUUCUGGAUUUCAAGUCGGGAGGAGCACUCUGUCACAUCCUGGCUGCGGCCUACAAGUUUAAGAGCGACCAGGGCUGGCGCAGGUUUGACUUCCAGAACCCCUCCCGAAUGGACCGCAAUGUCGAGAUGUUCAUGAACAUUGAGAAAUCCCUGGUGCAAAAUAACUGCCUCAGUCGACCAAUCAUCUAUCUCAGUUCCGAAAUUGAGCCGAAGCUGUUGGGGAAAAUAAAGGACAUCAUAAAACGCCACCAGGGCUCAGUGACUGAGGACAAGGCAACCAGCUCUCAUGUGGUGGUCCCUAUACCAGCAAGCCUGGAGGAGGAGGAGUGGGUGCGUCCAGUGAUGAAGAGGGACAAGCAGGUUCUCCUUCACUGGGGAUAUUCACCUGACAGCUACGACACCUGGAUUCCUGCCAGCGAGGUGGAGGCCGCUGUGGAAGACCCCCCCAGUCCAGAGAAACCCAGGAAGGUGCAUGCCAAGUGGAUCCUGGACCUGGACCAGUUCAACGAAUGGAUGAACGAGGAAGACUAUGAGGUGGGCGAGGGUGGCCCCAGGAGGAAGAGGAUCUCGGCCAAGACCCUGACGGACGAGGUGUCUACGCCGGACGAGCGGCGGGACAGGAAGCCGGGCAGCGCCAAGAAGAGGAAGCGCUCGCCUUCGCCGUCCCCGACCCCGCCCCCCCAGGAGAGUAAGAAGAAGAACACCAAGAAGGGACCUACAGCACCGUACACCAAAUCGAAGCGGGGACACCGGGAGGAGGAGCAGGAGGACCUGACCAAAGAGCUGGACGAGCCCUCGCCUGUGCCUGCGGUGGAGGAGGUCACCCUGCCCAAAGCUGUCAACACUAAGAAAGACUCAGAAUCUACCCCGGUAAAAGGUGGCACUAUGACUGACCUGGAUGAGCAGGAGGAUGAGUCUAUGGAAACAGUGGGGAAGGAGGAAGAGGAAGGCUCCCCCAGCGUAAAGGGAGAGCCAGUGAAGAGCACCGACUUGCAUGAAGACAACGUGACGGAGCAGACCCACCACAUAAUCAUCCCCAGCUAUGCUGCCUGGUUCGAUUACAACAGUGUACACGCAAUAGAGCGCCGGGCCCUCCCAGAGUUCUUCAAUGGGAAGAAUAAAUCCAAGACUCCAGAAAUUUACCUAGCCUACAGGAACUUCAUGAUAGACACGUACCGCCUGAAUCCCCAGGAGUACCUGACUUCCACCGCCUGCCGCAGGAACUUGGCAGGGGAUGUGUGCGCCAUCAUGAGGGUUCAUGCGUUUUUGGAGCAGUGGGGGCUGAUCAACUAUCAGGUGGACGCAGAGAGCCGCCCCACCCCCAUGGGACCGCCCCCAACCUCCCAUUUCCACGUGCUGGCCGACACGCCCUCCAGCCUUGUGCCCCUGCAGCCCAAAACCACACAGGCCCCAGCCUCCCAGCAGAUGCUGACCUUUCCAGAGAAAGUGAAGGAGAAACCGGCCGACCUGCAGAACUUUGGACUGAGGACCGACAUUUACAGCAAGAAGAGCGGGCCUGCCAAGAGUAAGAGUGCCGCCAGUGCCACACGGGAAUGGACAGAACAGGAAACCCUGCUGUUGCUUGAGGCUCUGGAGAUGUACAAGGACGACUGGAACAAGGUGUCGGAGCACGUGGGCAGCCGCACGCAGGACGAGUGCAUCCUGCACUUCCUGCGGCUGCCCAUCGAGGACCCCUACCUGGAGGACAGCUCCGCCUCCCUGGGGCCCCUGGCCUUCCAGCCGGUGCCCUUCAGCCAGGCCGGCAACCCCGUCAUGAGCACCGUGGCCUUCCUGGCGUCCGUGGUGGACCCCCGCGUGGCCUCCGCGGCCGCCAAGUCCGCCCUGGAGGAGUUUUCGCGGAUGAAGGAGGAAGUACCGGCAGCGCUGGUGGAGGCCCACGUCAGGAGAGUGGAAGAUGCAGCUCGGGCCAGCGGGAGGCCCGACCCCCUCUAUGGCCUGGAGGGCAGCGGGAUCGCCGGAACCGACCUGGAGGAGGGCGAGCGGCCAGAAGAGAGUAGUGAGGAGAGCAAGAACGAUGGUCAGCCCAGCGAGGAGCGGCGAGAAAGCAAGGAGAUUAAAGAGGGAGCCAUGGAGGAAGAGGAGAAGCAGGGGGAGAAUGGAAAAAAGGAGGAAGAACGGGGCAGAGAGGGAGAAGGGGAAAGAGAGGGAGAGAAGACCGAUUCCGAAAUGGGUAAUGGAGAGAAGGAGAAAGAAGGGAGAGAGGGGUCAGAGGAGGGGCGGAGGGAAGGAGACGCUGAGGGAGAGCGGAAGGCCAAAGUUGAACGGGAAGUUGGAGAGGGGAAUCUGGCCACUGCUGCUGCCUCUGCACUGGCUGCUGCUGCCGUCAAAGCCAAGCACCUGGCUGCUGUGGAGGAGAGGAAAAUUAAGUCUUUGGUGGCUCUGCUGGUGGAGACACAAAUGAAGAAGCUGGAGAUUAAACUAAGACACUUUGAGGAGCUGGAGACCAUCAUGGACAGAGAGAGGGAGGCGCUGGAGUACCAGCGGCAGCAGCUGCUGGCGGACCGGCAGUCCUUCCACAUGGAGCAGCUGAAGUACGCAGAGAUGCGCGCACGUCAGCAGCACUUCCAGCAGAUCCAGCACCAGCAGCACAGCCAGACCCCCCCACAGCACCCCUCCAGCACCCCGCUGGCCCCACCCCCGGGCAUGACGGGGUCCCAGCAGGGCCCCGGCACCCCGGGACCCCCACCUGCCCCCAGCCCC